ACAGAGUUCGCUUUGUGGACAGUGUGAAAGAAGACCAUAGUGUCACUAGAGAGGUGAGAAACAUGCCAAUGCCGGCUUCGGGAUGUGCUUCAUUGCCUCCGUUGACGGUACAUGAGAGUUUGUACCAUCCUGUUGUUGAGUCCAGCUAUAUUUACCCAGACUUCCUCAGCUUAAAGAAGCCGGAAACCAGCAGUGACAUAUCUUUUGCCAAGGAUGACGCGGCGUUUCAAAUUGCCACACCAAUGUCAGAGAAUGGCGUUCUUUUGGGUACACAUGAUAAAUCCGAGAAUGCUGAGAGCGAUCCGUCCGGUGAAGACAGAAAAAGACCAACCGAGAAAACUCUUAGCCGUGCAGAACAUGGUGACUGUGUUGAAACCACCACAAUUCCCACAGGCGCUGAUACAGAAUCAGCAAAAAGUGCUGAAGAGCCUAGAGAACUCACAGAGAAUGAAUUAAAUAAAGCAACAAAGGAGUCAUCAGAACAAAGUGAUUGGACAACAAAGCACCUCGAAAGAACAAAGUCAACUGGUGAACAACCAUGCGAAAAAACGGAUCAGAUGUUAACAAAGCAGCAAGAAGUUGUGACAGAAAAGGCCAUUGACGUUUUGUGUCUAACCCCAAGAGAAUUUAACACACCUGAGAUCAAAAUGGAUAGCAAAGAACCAAUUAAAUCUGACAACCCGGAGGAGAUACGAAGUGAUGUAUUUGUGGUCAAAGAAAGAGAAAGUUCUGUCAGUAAUGCUACCUUGAAGCUAAUAGGAGAUGUCUUGACGAAGUCUCCCGAUAGACAACUUCCCAGUGAUCUUGAUUCCAUCGCUAAUUCUGAAACUGGGAUGUUAGCCUGCUCUGUCUCUCCUCAGACAAAACUCAGACAUCUCAGCUGUCAGCCUGUUGCUGAGUUUGAUCAACCCGCUCAUGCACUAGCUAGCACAGAGCCGGUUGACUCGAGGCAGGACUUGAAGUCUGUGACUCUCUUUGGCCUCAGAAGGGGUGGGUCAGGAGUUUCAGGGGUGAUGGCCACUGAGCAGUCCAUUUCUGUUUGCGAGCAAAAUGCGAGUCAUUCUACGUCAAUGCUGCAACCUAGAGGCCUUUUGUUAAGUGACUUGGACGCGGUUGAUGAAUUUGAGGUUUCUUUUUCUGAAGGAAUUGGUAAAGACAAUGCUAACUGUCACAGUACUGAGACACAUCUGUCUUUAGUAGACAAUCAGGAAUGUGAAGAAGCUAAUGAUGAAGUAGCAAGAAUGUGUUUGAUACAAGAGGGGAGAAAUGAUACAGAGUGUGUCGCCACUCUGCCAUCUGACUACAAAGUGACACCUUUGGAAGAGGAAAAACAACAUCCAGACUGUGAACUGGGAAAUUAUACCUCUCAUGAUGUGACUCAUGCAACGCCCAACGUCAUUAUUGACAUUUGCCCACUCAGCUCUGACAAGCCCAAUGGGACGUGUGAGAACACUGAGCUAUGCGGCGUCAAGGAGAAACAGAACAUGAGUGACAAAACAUCCAUGUCACUCAAAUGCAAAACCAAGGAGCUCAAUAAUCAAAAGGAAACAGUAGAUGCUAGCAAACUGCCCAUCGGAAAUAUGACACCACAACAGAAUGAAGACUCGGAUAAAGAUGCUAAAGAGGCAAUUGGAGACCUGUCACAGUCACAUAAAUUCGACAUCCGUAGUACAGAACCAAAUAUUGUGGAUAAUUUGGAAUCAAAUAUACAAAGUGAACUUCAUGUUUUCGACCAGUAUUUGCCCCAAAUUUUGGCAGAAACAGUGGAGCACCAGGACAACAGGGACUCAGCAACCGAUUUUAGUUCAAACCCUGAAUUGAACAGUUUGGCUUGGCAACAGGAGCAACCGGAGCAAGAUUUGCUAUCCAAGUAUUCCACAGAUGGAUUGCCAGCUGGUUGCGUGGAGGCAUUUGAAGAGGGAGCAAAGACUAACAGCCAAGUCAAAGCAAUCCAAGCACUGUUUCCUGAGGUAACAGAGGUGGUAGGAAGAGACUGGGGAUCCUUUGAGAAAUCCGAAAGCCAGGGUGAGUUGUCAAGAGAAGACGGCGGUAUUGUUGGUGGAGAGAAAUUUGAAAUAAAGGAAUCACAAGUGAGUGUCUGUGAUUUAACUGAUAGCAGACACUCAACUGGACAAAAUAUUUUAGAGCAAACAAAAAAGGCUCACGUGGACAAGUUUGGGCAUGAGAUGAGUCAUGAUACGUGUGGUUUGGCAGAGGAGGGCUCAGGAACAGAUUUAUUGCAUAACAAGGAAUUUCGGAAUAGUAUGGAGAGUCAAGCUAAGACAGAAAGCAAACAUUCAGAUUUAUUAGAAGAGCUUGAAGGAAAUGAUUUCGGCUUACGAGGCAACGCUGUAAAUGCCGAGCCUUUUUUAGAUGAUCUUGAUAUUUCACCUUUGGGAUUGUCCAUUUCGGAAAAAGAAAGCACCCGUAGUAAUGAGUAUGAUGCAGCUGUUAGUCUAAGUGAAACUGAGAAGUAUAAAAUCCCGGAUAGAAUAUGUAAGUCUCUUGAGUCGCAAUGCUGCAAUAUUAGCUCAGCCCCACAAAAUGCUUCAGUCGCACAAAGGCCCAUAAAAGAACCGCAUGUAGACGAGACUACAGGGAGAAAUAAAGUCGCUGUAGAUGAAGAAAUUGCAGAUUUCUCAAUGCAGGGAACAAGUGAGGUUAAAGUCCAGGACGAUAAGGCCACAAAAAAGAAUGGACCUCGUGUAACAGUUGUUGCUCAAGAUCACGAGCCAUCAUCUGCGAACGUCUCAAACCACGCUUGUCACCAUGAUUGCAAUUUCAAUCAGACAAUGGAUCAUGACGAACCAACUCGUAAUCCACAACCCAACGUCGCCAAAGACACACCAAGUGUUUCAUCAAAGACACAAGAUGAUGAUCCAAUGCGCUCUCGGGCAGCGUUCCCCCAAAGUGAGAAACUUCCCAAUCUCAUCUCCUUGCCAAUGCCGCCGGCUGAUGAUGUGGUACACCCUCCCCGCUGUGACUCUGAUUUUGAACAUGCCCGCACGGACACAGAAGCAUCCCAUAUAUCAGACAAUUCUGCUGGACUCACGACGCAAGAACCAGACCCAAACUGGAUCACGGCUCUCAGAGAAGCUGUUUCCGAUGCGCAGACUGAACAAGAGAGCGCAGAAAUACCAAGAGCCCUCCCAUCUUUGGAGUCUCCUCAGCAAGAGUUUCUCAUUCCUACUGAGGCCGGAGCCAUUCCUCUGGAGCCAGAGGAGAUCCCUCAAGAACAAACAGACACCAUAACGUCACAUGCUGAACUGGCUCGUGCAGGACAGCUAGAAGAGGGCCGAAAGGUGACAGAAAUUGUCAAAAGAGAAGAAGAGUGUAUAGAAGAGUAUUCGAUAAGUAGGGCAAAAAUAUCAGCGGAUCUAAGUGAGCUCUCAAAACCAGUAAAGAUCCCAGGUGAGCUCGUGGAACUCAACGAGAGUAAACUGGAGCAAGAAUCUUUUGAAAAAAGUCUGAAAAUAACAGAACACCUCGAACCAAACAAGCCAAUCGGUGAACAUCCAGAAGAGAAACCUGAAAACCCUGCAAAGGAAAGCACGGAAGUGGCCCUUGAUUCUACGUUGGUGCCACAGAAAAGUGGACCCCCACUCACUGAACAACCCGAGAGGAGCGCUGCCUUGCCCAUAAGUUCUCCCAGACACCUCCCGACUGCUCCCCUUCCCGAGCUCCACACUCCUCCACCUGCAUCUCCCCACCAAUUUCCUCUUCCUCCGGUUCCUGCCUCCCCCUUGGCACCUUCUAGUUAUCAGAGUGAUGACCCCUGCCCAACCUCUGCAUCUUGCCACCUCCUUCCAAGGAGUUCUGACUCUGAGGGAGCAUUCGAGACUCCUGAAUCGACAACACCAGUGAAGGCUCCCGCAGAUCCACAGAACCAAUUAUUACCCACUGAUGACAAAGGAGAAGAUACCUCUGUGAGAGCCCUCUCAUCUGACGCGAUUUCGGAGCCUCUUGCAAUAGUUUUCGAUGAGGACAGGCCAAUUGCUGCCAGUGGCACGUACAACAUCGAACAUUUUGCCUCCGACACAACAAGUCAACCACUUACUCGUUCUCUCAGCCUCCAGGGUGGAGAACUUGACACUUCCGGCUUGGAUGGAUCGGCAACACAAGGCUUCCGCCCUCAUUCGGAAUCCUUCAGCGUAGGCACAGAUAGCAAUCCGGGGACAUUACGCAAGCCCAGGAAGGUCCGCCCUGCAUCUGUAAAGAAGAAGCCUCUCCUGAGGCAGAACUCCAACCCGGAGAGGCCAAGUUCUACGAUUAGCACCCCAGAGAUCAUUAAGCGAGCAAAGCAUCAAACCGUGACUCCGGAGGGAAAAGAAAGCCAAAGUCCUGCAGAAGGUGGAAGUCCUGCAGGAACCCUCAGAAAGACGAGAACAACCCGUGUGGACACUCCACCUCCUCUACCAGAAGAAAACACUCAUAUAGAACCAGAGAGUAGUCUCGCUGGCCCUGCCUCACCCUUGUGCCGGGAGAAGAACCGUCUUCCGGCUAGUCCUCCUGUAACAGAAAACCUCACCAACCCACCCAGUGGCUCCUACAAAUGGGAUCCAGCGAACUUUGAGAGCAUAGACCCAUUCAAGACUGGUGGGAGUAAGAUUGCCAACUCUCCUGUUCUUGGCCGAAAAGGUCUUGCAUGCGCCCCGAUUCUUACCCCGCCACAAAGUCCCCCUACCUCUGCUGUCAGUCAGCUUCCUCAUCCAGCUUCUGCAGAGGCACCAGUUACCAAACCCGAAGAGCAACCUCCUCUACCAAAGCGGGAGUCUGUGAGGCUGGAGUUUGAUUACUCAGAAGAGAAUAGUGAGGCAUCACACGGAGCGUCUCCCCCACCAAAGAAACUGGGCAAGAAACCUGGUGCCAAGAUGCCGCUGAGGAAACCAAAGUCUGGGUUAAAGAAGGCCCACCCUGGACAGACAGAGCAGCUGGACAAUAACCUUCCAGCAGAACACAAUGGGAACGAAGAAGAAAAGCCCAUUUCCAGGGGUUCUUAUGACUUUGAGUCGAAUAAGUGGGACGAUCCAAAUUUCAAUCCGUUUUUGACCAAGACAGCCGUAGCUAACUCUCCGAAAGCAUCUGGGCCUAACUACAGUUUUGAUUUUGACGACUCCAUAGUCGAUCCUUUUAAGUCCUCCAACAAGAUGGCAACCUCACCCCCAAAGGCCUCGGCCUCCUUUGAGAUGUCAUCAAAUGAUGACAUGGAAAAUGAUAACGACAAUAUCGGAGAGCUGGAAGAUCAAAAUCAGAACAAACCGGCCAAAAAGAAGAAAACUCCGAUCAAAUCGAGGUCCAGAGGUGUGCCCAAACUCUGUUGUUUGUUCAAUACUUUUAGGGUAAAGCGGUCACCAAAGAAAUCACAGUUGUCCGACAACGCACAGGAUGCAGAUGACCCCGCCUCCCUUCCUCCACAAGACGGCCACGCCACAGACGAGGAGAAGCUGGCCUCCUCCACCAAUCACAAGUGGGCAGGCUUGCACGACGUCGAUGCAGACUUGAACUCUGACCAGCAGGACUUCCCUCACCCAUCGGAUCUGACAUCCUUUGUCAAUGAGAGCGGUCUUCAGUCUUCAGUGCAAGACUAUGAAAUAGAGUACAUGGAGAAAAUUGGCUCUUCCUCAUCUCCACCGUCUGUGAAGAAGCCGUCACUAUUUCUAAAGUUGGACUCGCUAUCAAACACCGUAACCAAGGAUACACAUGGAUCGGAGCCCAACUCCCCGUGCACAGGGAGUUUUGAGGAAAUGGAGGCUCAGAUAACAGCCAGCAUGAAGACUCCCGUCUUAAAUUCCCGGCCAGGUCCCGAAGGCUACGCUGGAGAAAAGGGCAGGAAAAGAGAAAGCGAAGUGCUCAGUCGAACACAAAGCACAGAGAGGGAUGAGCAGCUCAAUAGCCAAGAGGUCCCAUCUUCAGCCCUGACCAUGUCCCUGUUAGAAAGACUGUCCGAGUGUGACCAUCCAGUGCAGUACCUGGAGCCCGACCUCGCUGAGACCAACCCUAAUGCAUUCGCCCAAAAACUCCAGGAGGAGCUGGUGCUUGCUGCCCUGCGGAUAGAGGCUCUGCAAGUAGCCAAAAACAUCUCUCAGUGCCCCUCCCUCUCCACUGUAACCCCCCAGCACAGAGAUGUGUCGGCACCAUCUGAGGGUUCAGUAUCCAAGAACAUGCUGUACGCCCGCACUGCUAACAGCUACAUCGAUGGAGAGAGUCCACAUCUUCCCAAAGAUCUGGACCACUCGCUGGGAAUCGCAAAAGAGGAGAUCGUAACAAAAGAGAGGGAGGCGCAGGAGUGGCAGAGGAAAUACGAAGACAGCCGUCAGGAGGUGCAGGAGAUGAGGAGGAUUGUUUCUGAGUAUGAGAAGACGAUUGCACAGAUGAUCGAAGAUGACCAGAAAGAGAAGUCUCUGUCCCACCACACCAUUCAACAGCUGAUCAUCGAAAAAGACCAGGCCUUAGCCGACCUCAACUCCGUAGAAAAAUCUCUGGCUGACCUCUUCCGACGCUAUGAGAAGAUGAAAGAUGUGCUCGAGGGUUUCCGCAAGAAUGAAGACGUGUUGAAGAAGUGCGCUCAAGAGUAUCUGUCCAGGGUACGCAAAGAGGAACAGCGGUACCAAGCUCUGAAGAUUCACGCAGAGGAGAAGCUAGACAAGGCCAAUGCAGAAAUAGCUCAAGUGAGGGCCAAGUCCAAGCAGGAGCAGGCUGCCCACCAAGCCAGUCUGAGGAAGGAGCAGAUGAAAGUGGAUUCUCUGGAGCGCACGUUGGAGCAAAAGAACAAAGAGAUUGAGGAGCUAACGAAGAUUUGCGAUGAGCUAAUAGCCAAGAUGGGCAAGUGCUAGCACUCACACGCCGUUCUAGAUCAGUCAACCACAUCAAGCCUCGUUCACAUAUGAACGGAGUAGUUGUGUUGGAGGGGAAAAAAAUACUUGGAUAGACUCUUCAAGCCACACUGGUCUUACAGUAAAUUUUCUACUGACAUUGUGUAUACAGGAUGCGCACAGAUGGCUUACUUUUCAUCACGCUGUAUAUUUUUGAUGUGUCACUGCAUUGUACUGUAUCAGGGGUCUUAGUUUGACGUUUUAGAAACUGCACCAUAUCAUUAAUUUCUAUAGCAGAGUGUGUGUGUGUGUGUGUGUGUGUGUGUGUGUGUGUGUGUGUGUGUGUGCGUGUGUGUGUGUGUGGGUGUGUGUGUGUGUGUGUGUGUGUGUGUGUGUGUGUGUGUCGCGCAUAUGUCAUUAACAUAUGCAUAUGUUAAUGAGGAUUGCUUGUGGGUUUUAUCGUUAUGAUGUUGCCAUGACAGCCACUGAGGGAGAAGACUGUUUACCCACUCCUCUGAAUGCCUCCUAAAAAAAAGGAAAAAAAAGACAAAAAAGGAGCAACAGCCCAUUUUAUAGUAUGAUCCAGUGCUAAGAGAAUAAAAAUAACCACUGUAGCUUAUUGCAUGCGAGAAAAAAAAUCUUGUCCGUUUUGUAUAAAAUGUUAAUUAUGGAAGAGACAUUUUUAUGUGCUCCCCGAGUAAAACACGGAUGAGUAUUGAUUUGUCUGAAUUUUUAUUUUCGUGGGAACAGUAGCCCAUUGUGCUUCCCUCGUGUGACCUUGUACUUUGUAGAUAUUUGUCAUAAUCGUCAUAGUUGUCUUGAUGAGACCAUGGGACUUUAUUUUUCUUAGUUUAUUUUGAUAUAAACCAAACUAAUUGUGACUGUAUUCAGAUGUGCCCCGGUUCUGCUUGGGUUGUUGUGUCACACUGAUGAGUAACAUGUCUCCACAGCUGCUGUACAGCGUCUGCUUACAAAGUGCAAUAAAAGAUGGCAAUAUAA